AUGAUUGGUGAGCUGUGCAGAUGCAGCCAACGCUUCCUUUUCCAAGCAGCCACCAAGUUGACUGAAGUAGAGAAGAGAUGGACAGUCUGCAAGUUCACCUACUUCAGCCUGGACCAGGAUCAAUUGCUGGACAGGUCCUAUGAGCAGCUGAUGCAGUUGUACAACACCCUACAGCGGCGAUGCCUGAACUGUGGCCUGUGGCUGAAGCAGCACUCACUAUUCAAAAGCCUGAGAAAGGCCACGAAGGAGACACAACCCAUAGAGAAGCCCAAGACCCACCUGAGAGACAUGAUCAUUCUGCCGGAGAUGGUAGGCAGCAUAGUAGGUGUGUACAAUAGCAAGACCUUCAACCAGGUGAAAAUCAAACCAGAUGCAAUCAACCACUGCCUGGUUGAGCUCUUCAUCACCUGCAAGUUGGUGAAGAAUGGCCGGCCUGGUAUCUGUGCCAACCACUCCUCCUGCUUCAUCACCCUCAAGUAG